UUGAUGCAAAGGUCAUUGCCUGUGAAGUUUAAAUUAAUAUGUAAUCAAAACAAUCAUUCAUUAUUUGUUUAUAUUGUCUCGUUCUUAAUUGUUUUACGUCAAACUACCCACCAAAAUGGGGAGAGAUAUUCUAAAUGACGUCAACCAUUUUGGGGUGAAGUUCUGAAGUUUUAGAGUGUAGCAGGAGUUUUUCUAGACGGAGUUGCGCGAAAUGGCCUGAAGGGCUGGAUAUUGUUGAAUGGAUAAUCCUACCCUACCAAGUCCGUACGACCCUGCCUUACUACAAGUAAUAUGAUUGGAUUUCAACGUUUUGUAAGUGUGUCAGUGGAUAUUUCUUAGCAUCACAUAGAAAAAUUAGUCUAAUCCUUAAAAAUGACUGGUGCAGUGAAAAACAUUCCCUGUAAAAUGUCAGAGGGGUGAAAAUGAUAUAUCUUAUUACCGGAUUAUUACUGAAUGAUUAUUAAAAACUAAUACAAGAUAAAACUAGUUACUUUAAAUAUGAAGAUAAACGCUACAAGAAUGACGACUCCUAUUGAAGAAAAAGUCGAUCAAAAGCUAAAAGUCAGGACUGGCAUGGUAUCUGUAAGUGAUGGAAAGAGUAGGCCAAUUCCUGUACAGCUUCAUCUCUCCAUGGAGGUGCUUCGUUUGCAAAAAGAAGAAGCCGUAGCACCGGAAUCUAAGUCUGUUAAUACUAAGGAAAGAAUGGUACAAGUUAGAAGACAAAAAGUGGGUGGUUUAGGACUGAGUAUUAAGGGUGGAGCAGAACACAAACUGCCAAUUUUGAUAUCUAGAAUAUAUAAAACCCAAGCAGCAGAUCAAACUGGUGAACUGUUUGUAGGAGAUGCUAUUAUAAAAGUUAAUGGAGAAUAUAUUACUGCCUGUCCUCAUGAUGAUGCCGUAAAUAUAUUAAGGAAUGCUGGAGACCUUGUUGUAUUAACUGUAAAACAUUACAAAGCAGCUACACCAUUUCUACAAAAACAGGAGGAAAAAGAUGCCCAGCAAGCAGCAGAGACCAAUGGCGAAGAAAAGGCAGCAUCAGAUGAGAGUUUAAGGGUAACCAAUAGUACAAGUAGUAGACCUAGCUCUAUUUGCUCGGAAUUAGAACAAGAAACAACUCAAACGCAUUGGGUUGAUAUAGUGACUGUACCUUUAAUGAUGGCGUAUGUCACGAGAUACAUUUUUGGAACUGAUAAACUUAGACCAAACGCUUUUGAGGUUAGGGGACUGAAUGGUAUCAGCACAGGAAUUAUACAUUGUGAUGAUUCUGCUAUUUUGUCUCAGUGGCUGAAGUAUAUUAGUGAUAAUAUUAUUGGACUUACAAAUUUACAGAUGAAAUUGUACAAUAGGAAUUUUAGUGUAUCAGAUCGUAUAGAGUACAUGGGUUGGGUUAACGAGGGUGUUCUAAAUAAUAACCAUCCAUGGCAAAACUAUAAACCCAGAUUUUUUGCACUAAAAGGAACUGAUCUUAUGUUGUUUGAUACACCUCCGUUAAAUGUAACUGAUUGGACGAAAUGCCCUCUAAUGUUUAAAGUUUAUCAGACGAUGUUCAGGGUAAUAAAGGAAUCCGAAAACGUCGAUGAACGACAACAUUGCUUUUUGGUGCAAACUUCAGGCCAAGAUUCGAGAUAUUUUUCAGUAGAAACCAGACAGGAACUGUUAAGAAUUGAAAAUGCCUGGCACUGUUCUGUAUGUACAGCUGUUAUGAAAUUAGGGAACAAAACCUUUACUGUUAGCAGUAACGGUAAAACGGCUGGACUGACCUUGGAUUGGAAUUUAGGAUUUUCUUUACAUGAGGGUGAUUCCAAAACUCCCGUGUGGCAGUACAAAUUUUCACAACUUAGAGGAUCAUCUGAUGAUGGAAAAUCAAAAUUAAAACUCCACUUUCAAGAUAUUGAGUCUAGAGCCAUUGAAACCAAGGAGCUGGAGUGUUCGAUUUUGCAAAGUCUACUUUUUUGUAUGCAUGCAUUUUUAACAGCAAAAGUCGCCUCAGUAGAUCCAGGAUUUUUGUGUUCAAUGAUACCAUAGACUUAAAUGAAAUAGAACUGGUUUUUUAAUUAUUUAAUGACUAUUAUAGCUGGAGUAAUAAGUCCAGUGUUGUUGUUUGCAGAGGUACUCCAAUAAUGUCACUUUUGAAAAAAGUUGGCAUUUUAAUGGUAUACAAUUAGAUGAAAGUUUUUUAAAAACUGUAGUUUUUGUUGUGGCAUGCUCUCAACAAAAAUUUGUGGGGAAUUCUGCAAAAAUGGUAGUAAGAUAUUUACACAAUGGUAAAAUGCACUUUUAAUACUUUUUUAAUCGUUUAGAACCUUUCCAUGAUGAUUUCCUCGUGUUUUUAAACCAAAGAAGCAUUUUGAUUAGAUUUAAAGUAGGUACAAGGCUAUAUUAUGUAUUAUAGUAGGGGUGUUGCUAUAUUGAAGCGACAAGGCUACUCUGGAAAGCUAGAGUUAGGAAGCAGGAACAUGAGACUUUAUCAAGGGUAGUUGCUUAGAUAGAGGGGUAGAAUGUUUGAAAUCAAAAUGAAAAAUGUGGGUACCAACGUGGUUGUAAGUACUGAACACUCUAAAAUGGCCCACAUUUUGUCGCAGUCCUUUCAUGUGAAACCUUUUCCCGCUACUUACAAUUCUGUGUUCAUGAAUUGGGAAUGGUGAGUAGGCAGAAUACACGAAUUGUGGAUAUAUGUGAUGUGGAGGUUUACAGUCAUAGCCAUUCGAAGGAUACCUAUCAGCAAGGGAUGUAUUCAGGUGGUCCCCAUGGAGACGUACUUUACUCCUUAUUGCCAGUAAGUGGAGGGUGGAGGACAUUACAAUCCAUAUCCAAAGACAUUUAUCCGGAUAUUGGUGGUCGGCGAGCUGAACCACCAACAAAUAGGAAGAAAACAUUUAUAUGCUAAUAAGUGGAGUUAAGGUCCAUUGCCAAAUAUAGUGAGUUCGGAAUAGGAAGAGGGUGAAAGCAUUCUCUGAACACCAAGGUGUGUACUUUUGGUGUAGGUUUUGGGCUCUGUAUUUUCGUCGACGUGUCUUUUCUUUGACGACUUUGCCUUGUUCAUUGUCGUUUGAGUCCCUUGGUUUCUCCACACGAGGUGUAUAACCGAGUACUCAUUACUCCGAGUACUGGCUGAAUUAUAGAUCAUUUUUUCGGUAGAACUAGAUUGUAACACUACAUUGUUUCGUAGACAGACGUUGGCACACCAAAGGUUUGAGAUCCUGAAGAUAGUUGCUUCGUCAAUGAGGGCUGGUAUGUUAAAGGCAUCUGAUGCGUUGAAGAAGUCUGCUUCAUCGACAAUGGUUUCAUCGGUGUCUGGCAUCGUGUCUCCUUUUAAGGCAAUGGCUAUAUUUAAAACCGUGCACAAUAGCGUUGACAGCAACUAUCUUAGGUUGUAAUUAAGGUCUUGAUAGCCUCCUGACAAUUUCUCUUCUUGCCUCGUUGUAUUACGUGACAUUGAUGAGUGCAUUUUACUGGUAGAUAAAAACUUGGAAGGUACUUGCUCAUACCAACGAGAUAGGCCUUUUUAAUACAUUGGCAUAGAGUAACUUUAGAAGGAUUUAAGGAUAACCCUUGGAUAAUGUCAAGCUCCCAAGGGGGCGCACCCCACCGGUUGUAAAGCUCUACCUUAGUGAGUCACGUUCCUGUAUCAAGAUUCCUCAAUUAGCAACUCUAGAGAUAGGGCGUUAUCGAUGGAAAUAUAGCAACACCCAGCAUAAAUGUUAAAUAAGUAUUUGGUAAGAAGAAAAUGAGGAUUUAGGUCCAGUUUUUGGACGAAUUUAUUAGCUAGAAUCAUUAGAAGCUGGCAUUUAAAAAAAGCAAACAAAAUCAAUAUAUUUGCCACGUUAAUAACUGUUUGUUUUAUAAUCUAUCCUGUCAUUUUCCUGAACAUUUUCAAAACAUGUAAGACCGGAGAUAAAGGUAGAAUAUCUGGUUGGUUGUGGAUUUUGAUUUAUUGCCGAUAACAAAAAAAGAAAAUAAUAAUUCAUGGGUUUGAGCAUCUGCCAAUAAAACCAUUUCUUUUUAUGGUGCCUAUCCGUUCCAGAUGUUGGUGGGCAACUUGGUUAUCCAUAUGCCAUAUAUCCAUAUGACUGUGCAUUCUGUUAUCCUGUGGUCUUGUACAGGGUGCAUUCAGUGGUGACUUGGCUUCUUCUGCUAGUGUAUUGCUAGUAUUGAUAACUGUAGCCCUGUACGGGUUUUGUCGGUCUGUUCAAGUUCUUAAUUGUCACUUUCAAGCGAUUUAUUGUGGUUAUCUUCCUCAUGGCCUCCACUUCUUCUUUAGGCACCUAUACAAUCAAAAUGAUGAGGCCGUUUUUGGUAUCUGGACUUCAUGUUUUGAGGUUCAGCUCUUCAAUUGCUAUGACUGUCUUGUAUGACUGGUUGCUUCGUUGACUGCUGAUGAUAUACUCAUCGUCAUCCGGUGCUUCUGAUAUCUUUUUCUUAAUCUGUGGUGAAAUUUUCUUUCAUGAGUUUUAGUUCGUGAUGAUUUCCUCCGCUGCCAUUUCCGUAUCCAUAUCCAUGGGGGAGGUAGCCGUUUUUAUUGAGAGUAAAAAAAAUUGUUAUAGAUUCGAGCCAGCAGUUUGCAAAGUCUAAAUAUCUAAGAAUCGAAAAAUAUGCACAGCUAGUUACAAAAUGAUGCUAAGACUAAUAAAGAAGUGUGAAAGCUAGUAGUGAUGAAGUUCAUUAGAUUUUGCUUAGACCAGAUACUAAUCCAGAAAAGUUUUUGAACUUUUUUGGGUGAAUACUGAAUGAGUUUUAUUUAAGACAGUAUGUGAUAUCUUGUAGAUCUCGUAGUUAUUAAGUUGCUCCUUGGUUUGAAAACUAAUCCUUUCCUACCUUAAAUAUGUUCCUUGUAAACUGUAGAUAAACAAUAGUUUUAUCCCUUAAUUCUGUAUUUCUAGAAAAUACUUAAUUCAACGUCACUUUUAAUUACAAGUUGUUUUAAGUCUGUAGCAACAAUUUGUUGUUUGAGAGGAGUGUAUCGUUACUAGAACUGAGAUAAAUUUACUAUUUUCUAAUUGAAAUAUAUUUUAAAUGAGUGUUAGUACAUCUUUUUCCUUAUUAUUUAUCUGUCAAUUAGUCGAUGUAAAGACGUAAAUUGCGAUAUUUAUGCAUGCUUCAUUGAUUACCAUAAAGCAUUCGAUACAGUAAGAAUUAUUAGCAAUUUGUACUGGAAUCAAACAUCGUCUAUCCGGACAGAAGCAGGAAAAUCCGACGAUAUCAAAAUCAAACGUGGAGUAGGUACGUAAGGGAUGUAUACUAUCACCAUUUCCCUUUCACAUAUAUUCUGAGGAAAUCUUUCAAGAAGCAGAUGCCACGGUGGUAUUCAUUGAUAGUUCUGAAGCUCUUAAGGAUAAUGAACAGAAUCACAGAAGUAAGUCAGAGAUAUGGACUUUCACUAAACAUUAAGAAAACAAAAUGUCAAUGAAAAUUGGGACCAUUCCCUAGAAAACAAAUGUAGGAUAGAGAAAGCAGGAUCUACAUAUCAAAAAAUGGCUAAGCUAUUCAAACGUCAUAAUUUAUCAAUACUCAUAAAAAUCAAGUUACUACAAUGUUACAUCUUUCCUAUACUGUUGUACGGAGUUGAGUCGUGGACUCUCACACACGUCACUUGUAAGAAAAUUGAGGCUUACGAAAUGUGGCUUUAUCGUCGAAUUCUGAAGAUAUCUUAUAUCGACCACGUUACUAAUCAGGGUGUUUUGUUGAGAAUGCAAAAAGAAAAAGAGCUGCUAACCACAGUAAAAACAGCCAAAUUCGAAUAUCUCGAACACAUCAUCAGGAACAGCGGUAGAUAUCAACUGGAAAAGUAGAAAAAAAACGGAGACCAGGAAGGUGAAGGAUUUCUUGGAUGAAAAAUCGACGUACGUGGUUCAACAACAACAACCACAAAUAUUUUCAGAGGAGCAGUGUGCACAGUACAGAUUGCCAUAAUGGUCGCCAACAUCCGAAACGAAUAGAUGUUCUUUUCCAUACCUCCUAGGCUGUCGAACAUAUUCCACUUCUUCUUCUCUAUGGCUCUAGAGUUCUUUCUAAGUGAGUGUUGACCGGUUUUCUUCUCUCUUCUUACACUCUUUCCGUCUUGUGCAUUUAUAUCUCGUUGUGGUAUUCCCACACUUGUUACCUCAUCCUUCCAUUUUCUUUUUCAUGGACAACUAAUCUUCCAGUAUUGGACUCUUUCUAAAAGUGAGUUAUUUCAUUAUUCGAUAUCAGUAUGGUCCUUUUCAUAGGCAUUUUUCAGUGCGUCACACAUGAUAGAAAAAAGGUAAGUCCGUGAUAACACACAUUUAUAACAUUUAUUCUAACAUGGCAUUUUAGUUAAAUCUGACAGUUGUCACAUUUGAUUUGCAAUUUGGCAUAAAAACUAAUCAAUUGUGUUUAUUGCAUUUAUAAAAUGGUAUUUUCUUUGAUUUGCAUAGUCUUAUAAAUUGUACAGAUUAUAUUCGUAGAUAUAUAUAUUAUAUAAUUCGUAAAUAAUUUUGUUUCGAUUAUAGCGCCAUCUAUCGACAACUAGAAUAAAUGUUAUAAGUGUCUGUAAUCACGAACGUGCCUUUUUUUCUGUCACAUUCAAUUUAAUGCAGAAAGAAAACGAAAAACUGUGACGCACUGAAAAAUGCCUAUGAGAAAAAGAUUACAUGACCUAUCCCAUCUUAUACGAUUUACCUUGUACACUUCAAUUUAAAACUGUUAAUGAUGAUGCUGUUUCUGUUCUAAUGUUUUUUUUUAUUUCGUGUUUAUAGAUUACAGUUCUGGUAGUGUUACAUUCGCCUCACUUUAGCUAAAAACCUUUGUAAAUUUUUGGAUAUGUAUAUCUGUAAAAUUAUUACAGUGUAGUAUCUUGUAAAAUAACUGAUACCUGCGCUUAGAAUUUGUUUUUCCUUUAGAAAAACAAAAUCAGAUCACUUCCAUUAAUGUUAAAAAUAUUUGAAAGGGUGAAAGUGUUGUCUACUUACCCACUUUUACCUCUCUAUGACCAUUUUUAGACUUUGUAAAGUUCAUUUUAUACAGUGUGUGAUGAAAUUAUUAGAAGCGCCAGCAAAAAGGCAUGGAAAAUACCUCCGACUAUUGAAAAUACUAUAUGGGUUUCGCCUUCCCACGGACAAUAAAAACUGCCGUUUACCCUGUUUAGGCCAUGUUCCUUUACUAUUGCGCUUUUUUCCUCAACAGUGGUACAGUGGUAAAACAUGGAUGUAGUCUGUUGCAAGUCAGUAUACUUCUUGCUGAGGGGUCGAAAACCUUUUAUUCGAGAGAAUUUUUUCUUCUUGCUUGGUUUUCACCCCUUUUAUUGGAUAUCUGGAUAUUAUUAAUUGGCUUCUGUAAGUGGCCCUCCAAUUGUAGGCGCCAAAGCACCUGUUACCUUCGCUUACCGUAGUUGUAGUAUCCAACUGCAGUUGUAGUAUCCAACGUUACAAUACAUUUUGUUCUCGUUAUUUUUGGUCACAUUCUUCUAAUAUGAUCCAUCUGAAAUCGGUACUAAGUGGAUUUCUUGAACAGUCUCACUACUAAACGAUUCACUAGACCCUCUUCCACAACUUGUAACCCUCUGUAAAUCUUCGAACUGAAGAAGUCGUUUUAAUAACAGUUCUUCUUUUUCUUAAGGUGUCGUCUUUCGAAGGUUGGCGAUCAUCAUGACUAUUUGUAUUCAGCUGCUCUAAAAAGCUGGUUAGACUUCUUCUUCUUCUUCUUCUUAGUGCGACUAGGAUUACUCCUGUUUGUGUGCCUCUUAUUCUGUUUCAGUUGUUGACUGUACAUUGUCUUUCCACCUGUUCGGCGGCCCGGCCUUCCAACGGGUCUUCUGUUAUGCGGCUUGUUGUUUUUACAGAUGUUCGCUAAUCUAUCUGGUGCCAUUCGGUUUACAUGUUGGUUCCAGUUUUUCUUUCUUGUUUUUAUCCAUCUGUUAAUAUUUUGAAUUUUGCAUUGUUCGCGUAUACUUCUGUUGCUUUGUCUGUCUCUUAAUGAUAUGCCCGCUAUUAAUCUUAAUACUUUCAUUUCGAUAUUGUUGAUUUGUUGUUUUGUCUUUCUUGUAUCGGUUUUUGUCUCUGCAUAUGUUAGGAUUGGUCUUACUGUUGUAUACUUUUAUUUUGCUUUCCCUGUUCAGAUAUUUGUUUCUCCAUAUGGUGUCUCGGAGGCAACCACUUACUCUUGCUGCUUUUGCUGCUUGCGUUGUGAUCUCUGCUCUUAUAGUCCUGUCACUAGUGAUCUCUACUCAUAGGUAAUUGAAUUUCAUCUUUUGUUCUACAAUUUUGCCGUCUAUUUUUAGUUUACAUCUACGCGGCUUUUGACUGAUACAUUUAGUUUUUUUCUACUGAUAUUCUCAUAUUAAGUUUGUUUGCUGUGAUAUUGAAGGUAUGGAACUGCCUUUGUAGAUCAUCCUCGUUAUCAGCAAUUAGUACUGUAUUAUCGGCAUAGCGUAAUAUCGUGAUUUUAUGCGCUCCCAUGUGGUAUCCCUGUCGUUUUCUUACUUCGUGAAUUAUUUGAUUCAUCGCCAUAUUGAAUAACAAUUGACUGAGCGAGUCUCCUUGGCGGAUUCCUCCUUUUUAGUUCUACGCAUUCUGUUUCUCCUGUUAACAUUCUAACUCCGGUAUUGUUAUUCCUGUUAAUUUCAUUACCUUAUCAUCUGAUGGUCUAUUUGUUCAGCUCAGUUCAGUUCUUAUUUUCCUUAAGGUGCCUUCUCAAGGUGUCGUCUUUCGAAGGUUGGCGAUUACCAUGACUAUUUGUAUUCUGUUUACAGCUGCUCUAAAAAGCUAGUUAGACGAGUAGUUAAACCGUUUUCUGAGAUUGCGCAGCCAUUACAUUUGUCUUCUUCCAACGCCAUGCUUUCCUAAGGUCAUUCCCUGUAUGAGAUUCUGCAGAAGCUGGUAUUUUGUUGCUCUCAUCAUAAUAAUAAUAAUAAUAGCUUUAUUGCCCAACAGUUUCCCAUUUACAGGACAAUGAUAAAAAUAUUACAUAAUUUAUAACACCUAUAGGUAAGAUUUAAGCAGUAGUACCAAAAAAAUAACAUUAAUAAUACAAGUUAGACUAAAAUUAAUAUAAAUUCAAACCGAAAAAGAAAAUAAAUUAAUAAAAAAAAUAAAAUAAAAAAUUAGUGCUUAUUUCAGACACUCAAUAGCUACUUUUAUAAAGUUCCUUUGAGAACAUGAAAAAAUGUCACAAUGCUUACCAAUAACAUUAAAAUUUCUACACAUUACAUUAAUAGGAGCCUUACAUAGAAUAUUUGUACGAGCUCUUGUACACCUAAAUAAUACAUUUGUUCUUAAAUUUGACCUUGGAAUAUUAAAAUUUCAUGUGUCCAAAGUAUUGUAGUUUUCGUAUCUUCGUAUGUAUUUCAUUAUUCAGUUUUGUUUAUUUUGAGAAAGCUUUCUCAAUACUUCUUCAUUCGUGACUCUGUCUAAGUAAGGUAUUUUCAGGAUUCUUUUGUACAGCACAUCUUGAAAACUUCACUUUUCUUAUCAUCGAUUUUGUCCUAGUGGCUGCCUCUGUACCGUAUAGGAGGAUACUUUGAUAACAGUAAAUAAAGUCAACGACACCUAACAUGUGUCUUUAAUAAUUCCAUUACUCACUGUAACUUACAAAAUUAAAUAAAAUAUUCAGUAUUCUACGCAUCUACAAAUGGCACAUAGAUUUCACGAGAUUGUUUUAAGUGUUUUUUAUGAGAUACAAAAUUAGUGAAAUGUGAAUUAAAAUAGUCUGAAUUGAUCAGAAAGAAGCACAAGUAUGGACUAGAGUGAAUCAGUAAAAGUUAAGAUGCCGGAGAUUUUGUCUCAAGCUUAUUUUUGUUGAUAUCUAUCUUUUCCUUUUUGAGGCGUGUUUGGGAUAAAGACGGCUGCGUGCGCACUUUUUUGUUAACAUGUCUACUUUGUACAGAGUACAGAUAGCAACGAUACUUAAAUUUUGAUAAUACUUAUGAGGUCAUAUACAAUUAAGAAAGUUACCAAAAUCCACUUUUAAAUAACCAAUGAAUUUCUCGUGCGCCUUUUUUUGAAGGACAGUUGUGUUUCUACCAAAUUUAUGUUUCCCAAUAACUAAUAUUCAUACAGUAAAUUGAGAUUUUAAAUCUGUUGUGCAUACUCCGCAAAAUGUGCGGUAGCUCUGAAAUUUUCGUAUUUAUUAUUUAUUAGGGAAGAAAUACAGUAAAAAUAACUUAUCUGGUACGGACAUAUACAGAGUAUGACAGACCAUCACCUACCGAAAUUAAUAUGGGAUUGGCAACAACCUGAGUGAAAAAAAAAGGAAGACCAAACACAGCAUGGCUUAAUGGAAUCAAAAAGGCAAUACCAGAGAGCUCUACAACAAGAGACGUGGAUGAAGACUGGGAACGUGAAGUCGGAGGACGCUAUGAACCGUGACGUUAUAUAUACUUACUGAUUCCUCUUCACGCAAUGCUGAGCAUAAGGCGUCAACAAACUGCCUGCCUCCAUUCUAUGGAGGUCUGUCUGUCCUAUCCUUUGUACUGAUCUUUAUUUCUGUCUAGGUUUUUCCAAUAGUCCAAUUUCUUCCUCAACACUUCUUUUCCACGUUUCUACGGGUUUACUUGGUCUUUUCUCUCCAUGUGGUGUGUAUUCUAGGACUUGCUUCGCUAUGUCUGUGUCAGGUCUACUUAGUGUGUGACCCAUCAACUCCAUUUCCUUUUGCAUAUUUUCUUAGAUAUAGGUUCCUGUUUAGUUAUUGUCCUUAACUCUUGGUUUGAUGUGAGGUUUGGCCAGUAAAUGUUAAGAAUCUUUAUUAGGAAUUUAUGUAUGAACACCUGCAUCUGUCCGAUACAUUUUCUUGACACUUUCCAAGUUUCUGCUCCGUAUAUGAGCACAGUUUUCACGUUGCUGUUGAAUAAUCAUAUCUUGGUUUUACUUGUCAUCUGACGUGAAGACCACAUUUUCCUUAGCAUAUUAAAUUCGUUUUGAACUAUUCCUAUUCUCCGUUUUACGUCCUCCUCCGUUCCUCAUUUUUUGUCCAAAAUACUACCCAAGUAGUUAAAUUUCUCUACCGUUUCUAAUUCCGUGCCUCCCAGUGAUAUUCCAAUUUCUCUUGGUAUAUUUAUUUUCAUUAUCUUAGUUUUUCUGGCGUUUAUGUUAGGUCCGACCUUCUUCCUUGCCUCUGCUACUUUUUCAGUUUUGCGUUGCAUGGGUUGUCUUUUUUCUGUUAAAAGGCAUAUAUCAUCCGCAAAUUCCAAGUCCUCAAGUUGGUUAAAAACAUUCCAUCUUAUUCUAGUCUUAUUACUAGUAGCCUUGGACAUGAUCCAGUCGAUUGCUAUUAGGAAUAACAUCGGAGAGAGUACAUAGCCUUGCCUUACUCCCGUGCCAAUAUCUAGUUGUUCUGUUAACUUCUCUUCGUGGACAAUGCGUGCUGUGGACCCUUCGUAGAACAGUUGUAUAAUUUUUCCUUUUCCUUUUUAAUUUUGUAAUUGCAUCUUUUAUCUCUUCAUUGGUGAGACAUUAUAAUAUAUAGGAGCUAUUAAAGGCAAAAUUGGUGCCCAGGGGAUCUAGUCAGUCAUAACAUCCAAUUCAAACUUAAAUUUAUUGAAAGGAGGGUGCAGACGGCAAAAACUGAUCAUCAGCCAAUUGAGAAUUGGAGAGACAGCAUUAACUCACCAGCAUCUAAUAACAACAAAACUACCACCCGAAUGUUCCUACUGUUGAUGUCCAAUGACCGUGUAGCACAUUCUCUCAAAAUGGCCUCUCUAUUCCUUCGAAACAAAAACAAAAAAUGAGAGAACCAAAGAGGACCCAAAUAAACUGUAAUGCAUACUAAAUUGUAAUUUAUUAAACAUAAUUAAGCUUCUUAUGGACUCCAAUCUUAUCUUAAAUAAAAAAAUUGUUGCUGUGUUGACCAGUUUUCCAACUAAUGCAAAACAGAUAAAGACUUAUAUAAUAUAAAAAACUUAUAUAAUAAAAUUCAUUUGUAAUGAUGAUUUUAGUGACAAAAAUAAUUAAGACACUUCGAAUACCGUGGCGGCAAAUAUAGAAAAUUCAGAACUACCAGACCUUUUGUUGGUGUCUAAAAAUUCCUUUCUUUUGACCUAUAUAUUUUUUUAAGUUAAUUAAAUUUAAUACUAAAACUUAUAUACAGAUUAAAAAUCGUGGGAUGGUAUAAAACACAAAUAUCAUAAUCCACAUAAUCAUGUGCCUUUUUGAGAUAUGUCAUUUUAGCUUCACACUAAAUUUUGACAUGUAUUUAAUUCCUCAAGUUGCAUUCUUCUUGUUCAUUCAAAUCAGUUUGUAUUUUUGUUCCUGUUGAAACUUAAGCGGAGGUUCUCCAGCAUCUGUUAACUAAUUUUUUAUAGGUAACUAACUUAACUUAAUCAUCAUUGUUUUUCUUCAAAAAAACAAUCUACAAGAAGCUUCCACAUAUUUAAAAAUAUACAGGGUGUAACAAAAAGGUAGGUCAUAAAUUAAAUCACAUAUUCUGGGACCAAAAAUAGUUCGAUUGAACCUAACUUACCUUAGUACAAAUAAUAAUGUUCAUACAAAAAAACGUUACAGCCCUUUGAAGUUUCAAAAUGAAAAUCGAUUUUUUCCAAUACAUAUUAUUAUAUCGAAAACUGUUUUUAUAUUCUAGAGAUUUUAUAUUGAAAAUGAACAUAUGGCAUUCUUAUGGCAGGAAUAUCAUAAAAAAAUAACAGUGAAAUUUGUGUACCCCAUAAAAAUUUUAUGGGGGUUUUGUUCCAUUAAACCUACCCAAAUGUUUGUGUACGUUCUAAUUAAAUUAUUAUUGUGGUACCAUUAGUUAAACACAAUGUUUUUAAAAUUUCUUUGCCUCUUAGUACGUUAUCGAGAUACGGCUUAUUUUAUGGAGAAAUAUCGAGAAAAUCCACCACAUAUUUGUAAAUUGUUAGCUAAGAUUAUAGAGACCUGGUAAUAUGAAAAUUUAUUUUUAAUUAACAUUUUGUUAGGUACUCAAAAAUUUUGAAACAUAUAAAAAGAUAAGCCGUAUCUCGAUAAAAACAGGCUUAUCGAAAAAGUACUAAGAGGCAAAAAGGUUUUAAAAACAUUCUGUUUAACUAAUGGUAAAG